AUGGGGCGUGGCUGUGGACGAAUGGAAGACUCUUAUACUGACAAAAUUGUUUUAAAUGAAUAUUUAUCAAAAAUUUUUUUAUCAACAUCACGUAAUAAAAAUCUAUUAUUAACAAUAUUUCAAGAAAAUUUUUCAACAUAUAUAAAUGUUCUUUUCGAAAUUCAUAUUGAUCUUUCUAUUGAAACAAUUAUUUUAACUGAUAUAUCAUCAUUGAGUUCAAUAUCUCAAGACAAAGAAUUUUUAUUCAACAGAAAUUCUUUACUUAAAAUAGAUUCUAUAGAAUAUGAUUCUAUAAAUAAUUUAUGGAAUAUAAAACUAAUAGCAAGUAAUAAUGAAAAAAAAUGUAUUCAUAAAUAUUUAAAAUGGAUUCAAAAAGAAAUGGAUUAUCAUAGUUCAAUGAUUUAUUUUGGUCAUCUGUUAUGGAAUGAACUAGGUCAAAUGAAUCAAGCAAAAAAUUAUUUUCAUAUAUUAUUAAAAUUAUUAUCAAAUAAUGAUAUAGAUAUUUCAAAAAUUUAUAUUGAAUUAGGACAUAUAAAUAAUGAAAUUGGAGAAUAUAAUUUAGCAUUACAGAAUUAUCAAUGUGCUUUAGAUAUUUAUCAAAAACAAAUACCAAACGAUAAUAUUAAUAUUGCUUCAUCAUUAAAUAAUUUCGGAAUUGUUUAUAAAAAUAUGAAUAAACUUAAUCUUGCUAUGAAUUAUUAUCAACAAUCAUUAGAUAUUUAUGAAAGUUCAUGUUCAGAAAAUGAAAAUCGUUUUCAUCGAACUAAUCCUAUGAUUAAUAUGGGUUUGGCAUAUAGAGAUAAAAAAGAUUACGAUACUGCUCUUACUUAUCUAACUAAAGUUUAUAAUAUUCAAUGUGAUAUUCUUCCAAAUGAUGAUCCAUUACUUGCAAAUUCAUUAAUUAAUAUUGGUAAUAUCUAUCGUGAUAAACAUAACUUAAAUCAAGCUCUUAAUUAUUAUCAACAAGCUUUAUUAAUUCAAGAAAUAGCCUAUUCAGAUGAUCAUUUAAAUAAAGCAAAAACAAUACGAAUUAUUGGUAUUAUUUAUUACGAUAAACAAGAUUGGCAAAAUGCUUUAAAUUAUUUAAAUCGUACAUUAAAAAUGUAUCAAUGUUUACUAUCUAAUCAUAAUAAUAUUGCUAUGUGUUAUGGUGAUAUUGGUAAUGUAUAUGAAAAAAUGAAUGAUUUAGAUUUAGCAUUUAAUUAUUAUGAACAACAAUUUCAAAUAGAAGAACAAUACUUAUGUCUUAGUCAUCCAAAUCUUAUUCUACAUUUUGAUAGAAUAAUAGAUAUUUUAAAAAAGAAAAAUCAAAUUGAAAAAGCAAUUGAAUUAUGUAAAGAAAAAUUAUUAAUAUUAAAAAAUAUUCUUGGUAUUGAAUAUGAAUCUCAUUUACGUAUAGCUCGUAUAUUAAUAUUAAUAGCAACAUUAUAUGAAGAUAAAAAUCCUCGUGAAGCUCAUCAAUAUUAUGAACAAGCAUUAGAAAUUUUAGAACAUAAUAAAAAUGAAGAAAUUUUUCAAAUAUGUCUUUCAACAAUGAUAAAUUUUUAUUGGAAAUGUCGAAUGUUUGAUCGUGCAUUAAUGUGUCAAAUGAAAUUACUUAAUCUUCGACGUUCGACAUUAUCAUCUAAUCAUCUUGAUGUUGCAUAUAGUUUACGUGAUUUAGCACGACUUUAUCGAGCUAUGAAUAAAUCAAAUGAAGCUUUACAAUAUUUUGAUCAAAGUUUACAUAUUCUUCAAUCGAAAUAUGGAUCCGAACAUAUUGAUGUUAAAAAAAUUCAAAAAGAAAUUAUCGAUCUUAAAGAUAUUGUUAAAUCUUUAUCAUCUAAUGCUGAUGAAGAUUAUAAUAAUCGUCGAUGUUCGAAUGCACAUAAAGCGUUCUUUAUUAUGCCACAAGAAAAUUUAACUUCACAAUCAUCUACAUCGAGUUUCGAUACAAAAACUAAAUCAUCGACAUCAGACUCAGCGAGUGCAAUUUGUGUUAUUAUAUAA